AAAAUCCAAGAAAAAAAACAAAGACCAAAAAAAACAAAACUUAAACAAAGACCAAUGAACUUGUUAAAUCAAGGAACUUCUCUCUUUCUCUAAUCUCUAAUUCUCUAUAUAAUCUUUUUCUUCUUCUUCUUCUCUUUUUUUAUUUCAUAACCUCUAAAAAGACUUUAAGAAUAUGGAAACAACAAAGAAACUCUUUGCUCUUCUCUGUCUCUUCGUCACCAUGAACCAAGCUAUCUCCGUAUCCGAUCCCGACGACAUGGAAACUUUCUGCAUGAAAUCAUCCAGAAACACCACUAGCAACACAACUUACAACAAAAAUCUCAACACUCUUCUCUCCACUCUUAGCAACCAAUCAUCAUUCGCUAACUACUACAAUCUCACGACCGGUCUAGCUUCAGACACCGUCCAUGGAAUGUUCUUAUGCACAGGAGACGUCAACAGAACAACGUGCAACGCCUGCGUCAAGAACGCAACAAUCGAGAUUGCCAAAAACUGUACUAACCAUCGAGAAGCAAUCAUUUACAACGUAGAUUGUAUGGUUCGAUACUCAGAUAAGUUCUUCCUCACGACCCUAGAGACCAAUCCUAGCUAUUGGUGGUCAUCUAACGAUUUAAUACCCAAAUCAUUUGGUAAAUUUGGACAGAGACUGUCUGACAAAAUGGGAGAAGUUAUCGUUAGAUCAUCUUUGUUGUCUUCAUCGUUUACGCCAUAUUAUCUUAUGGAUACAACUAGAUUCGAUAACUUGUAUGAUCUUGAGUCUAUUGUUCAGUGUACUCCUGAUUUGGAUCCAAGAAACUGCACCACAUGUCUGAAACUUGCAUUGCAAGAACUCACUGAAUGCUGUGGUAAUCAGGUUUGGGCUUUCAUCUACACUCCCAACUGUAUGGUGAGUUUUGAUACAUACAAUUCAUCCUUGCCGCCGCUUCCACCGCCAAGUCGCAGCGGUUCCUUCUCCCAUAGAGGAAACAACAAAUUACUUGGGGGAAUGGUUCUUGCUGUGUCCGUUUCGGUGUUUGCAUUUUUGAGUUUGGUUUGAGUUCCCAUUUGUAAACGUUUGGUUUGAGUUUCGAUUUGUAAUUUUGCUAAGUGCAAAACAAAAAUUAAAUCGUUGUUUCCGAUAAUUAUGCUUCAUUCUUAUGUUUUAUUGUCCCCUUCCAAUGUGGGUUGUUGUAAGAAUUGUCCUUUGUAUAAUGAUUUUCUGUUUUUA